AACACUCCACAUGAGAAAAUUAGCAUCGUCGUUUGAAACAAUCUAAAACCAAAGCACCACAAAAACCUUCUCUUCUUUUCUUUCUUUUUUAUGGUUUCUCUCUGUUUUAAUUUUGUUUUUUUGGGUUAACAUAGAAAGAAAGAUUAUUCAAAUAAAGAUAGGACCUUUAUGGCCAAAAAAUCCUCUUUUUUGAUCCUUUCUAAAAGUGUAUUUCAGUGCUUGCUCAGUCGAAGAUAUUGCUUAUUCAAUUCUUAACAUGGGUUUGUUCUUGUUCAAUUAGAGAUAUGAAUUUAGUCCCUUUCUUGCUUUCUUUCUCCGUUUAAAAUCUUGAAAUUGAACUCAAUGGUUACUUAGGUUCUUAUUUUUCUUGUUGAUAUUGUUUUUCCAAAGGGUUACUGGAAUUAAUAUUGUCCUUGUGUUUUAAUAUUUGAAGAGUCUCUGGCGCUAUGGAUCUGUCUCCAUUCAAGUUGGACAUUGAUGAGCUUAUAAAUGAGUUUGUUGAGUUGUGGUGUUCGGGAACUGUUAGGGUGAGUUUACAACUUUGGCUGAUAUGAAAAGAGUAUGGCUUUCCAGGAAGUUUACCUACAUCUUUGAGGCUAGUCCUCCUACCAAAUUGGCCUUCUUUAUGCAGUCGUUGUAUGCUCAUACAAUUGGUCACAUGAUUAGCACUUCUUCUUUAUCACAAAGGCUAGGAGGCCUGUAUUGCCUUUACUGUCUUUAUGAGACUCAACCAUUCAAGCCUCCUUUCAAAAUCUACUUCUCUCUUGGAGAGUUGAAGAAACUCAAGAACCUUGUUAUAAAUGCAAAAGAACAUGGAAUAAAAGUAGUACCUGCUUUGGUCAAAAGGAUGCUAGAAAAGAACAUGUUUCUCUUUGGGUUUGUGGACUUACAUGAAGGUUCUGUUAGUGAGACAGUGAACCAACUCACAGAAUUGCAAGAUGCUCGUGUGCAAGUUGCAUAUAAGAAGUUAUUUGAUGAUACUCGGAUUGAGCAGUUCCUCCAUAUGGACAUGGGUAUGGAAUUUGAUUUAGAGAUGCUCAAGAAAAUGUCAACAGAAUAUGCAGAGGCGAAGAAACAUGCCAUCAGAGAAGCAAACAAGGCAGUAGAUGUCCAAAACAUACAGCAUAUAUCAGAUGAUAGGGAAUUUAUUGGAGAUGAAGUUGAGAGGAUCACAGAGAACUGGAAUGUCCAAAGGCAAGUGUUUUAUCAGCAAACAGGACUGAAUCAACGUCAUGCUCAAAAAGAUGAGCAACAACAGCAACCACAACACAAAAAACAUGAACAGCAAGAUGAUGAUUUUGGUGAUGAAUUUAGUCAUCAACUGGAACUGCAACUAAUUGAAGAAGAACAGCUACAACAAAAAGAAGAGGAUGAUGAAUCUAAUCAUGAAUUGGAGCUGUAACUUUCUGUAAAACAGCCAUAAUAAUAUAGAAACAAAAUGGUGAGGAAUUAUGCUACAAAAACCAGGACAAAUAGGAAUCCCAUGGUUUAGGACAUAAUUAUCUAGCAAGGUGAUCAUUCCAAUCGAGGAUGCCGUGGAAUUUUGUGAUUAGACUGCUGCAAUUCUAACCUCCCUUCAAGACCAUCCCCAGGACCUUUUUCAGUUUAUGGAAGAGAAAGCUGAUGGGUUUUCUGGAUAGGUUUUUCAAGUUACUGAAUUUAUUAUCAGAACACAAAAAGGAUAUCUAUGUAGAAAACGUUUGUCAGUAUAUGUUGAGAAUGGCAUCUUGAAACAAUUGGAGUCA